GGGGGCAGACGGCGCGGAGCGCGGCGGUGGCGGGAGUGGCGUCGAGUGUCUCCGGGCGCCCGUCUGUGGCCAGGCAGCCAAAAAGCCUAACAGCCAGUCAGCUCGCCGCCGGCGGCCAGGCAGCCAACCAUGCUCAACUUCGGCGCUUCUCUCCAGCAGGCUGCAGAGGAAAGAAUGGAAAUGAUUUCUGAAAGAUCAAAAGAGAGUGUGUAUUCCUGGAACAAAACUGCAGAGAAAAGUGACUUUGAAGCCGUAGAAGCACUUAUGUCAAUGAGCUGCAGUUGGAAAUCUGAUUUUAAGAAAUACAUUGAAAGCAGACCCGUUACUCCAGUGUCUGAUAUGUCAGAGGAAGAGAAUCUGCUUCCUGGUACACCUGAUUUUCAUACAGUCCCAGCAUUUUGUUUGACUCCACCUUACAGCCCCUCUGACUUUGAACCCUCUCAAGUGUCAAACCUGAUGGCACCAGCGCCAUCUACUGGACACUUCAAAUCAUUGUCAGAUACUGCCAAGCCUCACAUUGCUGCUGCACCUUUCAAAGAGGAGAAGAGCCCAGUACCUGCCCCCAGACUCCCCAAGGCUCAGGCAACAAGUGUGAUUCGUCAUACAGCUAAUGCCCAGCUGUGUAACCACCGAUCUUGCCCAGUGAAAGCAGCCAGCAUCCUUAACUAUCAGGACAAUUCCUUUCGAAGAAGAACCCACCUAAAUGCUGAGGCUGCAAGAAAAAACAUACCUUGUGCAGCUGUGUCACCAAACAGAUCCAAACGUGAGAGAGACACAGUGGCAGAUGUUGAAGAGAAAGCAAGUGCUGCACUUUAUGACUUUUCUGUGCCUUCCUCAGAGACAGUAAUCUGUAGAUCUCAGCCGGUCCCCAUGUCCCCACAACAAAAGUCAGUCUUAGUCUCUCCACCUGCAGUGUCAACAGGGGGAGUGCCACCUAUGCCCGUCAUCUGCCAAAUGGUUCCCCUCCCUGCAAACAACCCAGUUGUGACAACAGUCGUCCCCAGCACUCCACCCAGUCAGCCGCCAGCCGUCUGCCCACCUGUUGUAUUCAUGGGCACUCAGGUGCCCAAAGGCGCCGUCAUGUUUGUUGUACCCCAGCCCGUUGUUCAGAACCCAAAGCCUCCAGUGGUGAGCCCAAAUGGCACCAGACUCUCUCCCAUUGCCCCUGCUCCAGGGUUUUCUCCUUCAGCAGCAAAAGUCACUCCUCAGAUUGACUCAUCAAGGAUAAGAAGUCACAUCUGUAGCCAUCCAGGAUGUGGCAAGACGUACUUUAAAAGUUCUCAUCUGAAGGCCCACAUGAGAACACAUACAGGAGAAAAACCUUUUAGCUGUAGCUGGAAAGGUUGUGAAAGGAGGUUUGCCCGUUCAGAUGAACUGUCCAGACACCGACGAACCCACACAGGUGAGAAGAAAUUCGCCUGUCCCAUGUGUGACCGGCGGUUCAUGAGGAGCGACCAUUUGACCAAACAUGCCCGGCGCCAUCUGUCAGCCAAGAAGCUACCAAACUGGCAGAUGGAAGUGAGCAAGUUAAAUGACAUUACCCUACCUCCAACCCCUGCUCCCACACAGUGACCGAGGGAUGGCGAAGAAUCAGACUAACUUUGGUCACAGCCAGAAGCCAGUGGUGAUAUAAAAAUGCUUCCACUGCAAGUCUGUGGCCCUCCAGUGUGGGCUGCAAGCAGAAGCCCCACGGCCUGGGGAGAAGGCCCAGCCUGGGUUAGAUGGUAAGAAGUGCUACAGCCACAGGCAGCUCAAAGAGUGGCAGGACUCAUUUCUUACCACGUAAGAGAGAUGAGAAAGUUUUUAUUCCUUUCAAUAUUUUUUGAAGGUUUCAGGUGAGGUCAGCCCAACCACAGGUAGCACAGAUUUUGAAUUUGUGUGCACAAUUUGUUACUUUCACCAUUUAUACUUGAGACCAACUUUUCAAUGUGAUUCUUUAAAAGCACUGGUUUCAAGAGUGUAGAGACUGGAAGUAAACGUUACGGUACAGAGAUGGAUAUGUAAAAUUGAUUUGUAUUAUCGCGAAUAUUAUCCUUUCCUAGAGUUAUCUUGUUUACUAUUCUUAGUCUUUCCAUUCAAUUUCGUGGACAUAGUUGUUAAAUAUAUCUAGAACUAGCAUUUUUACACUAGUUGCUGAUGUUUGGAAUUGAGCAACUGUAUAUUGCUGAAGAGGUCCCAAAGAAUUGGAAUCCUCAUUAAUUUAAUUGUUUUGAAGUAUAGCUUCAGGUUUUUUUUUUUUGCAUUUUUGUUUUAAAAGUUUAACAAAUGACUAUAACUAGGCAUUUUAUUAUGCUUUGAACCUUAGUUGGCUGCAGUUCCCUGUGUAGAUUUGAAAAUUGUAUACCAAUGUGUUUUCCCUAGUCUCUAAAAUACACUGCACUUUGUUU